AUGAUGAAUAAAAGAAGGUCGUUAAUUCAACCAAUGGUCUUUACACCGUCCACACCAGAAAGGACAACACCUACACAAGCGAAUACAAAUAGUUCCAUCAUUUCCAAUCCAAGUAGUAACAACAAACGAAAUAGUUUAUUUAUUCCAGAUCAUGAUUCUCAGCCUUCAUUGCAUUCAAGGACAAGUAGUAUACAGUCUGCCAAUUAUAUUUCUGACUCCAUAAUUAUACCACCACAACCGUCGACCACGUCUACAACAAUAGAUCCAAAUCCAAAUUUAAACAAUUCUGAUCCACUUGACAUAAACUCGUUAUUGACUAAUCUUGCCAAUAAAGAAUUAGAAUUAUUUGAAAGCAAGCAGAAAAUUGAUGAUCUUAAAAAAAAAUUACAAACUCAAGAAGAUACGUAUAAACAGCAUGCAAAGGAAUUACAAUCGCUAAAGGAACAAGUUUCCAAGUAUUUUUUAACCUCACAGCCACACGAGGAUAACAUGGCGGCAAGAGGAACUCAGCCAUUAUUAGAUAGUAAUGAUUUUUCUUCAUCACAAUCGUAUCCAAGAUAUCAAGUGGAUCAAAAAAAUGGAGAGAGGCCAAAAUCGUCCCUUUGGACAAAACCUUUGGCCAUAUUUAAUCAAUUUGACCAAAUCAUUCAGCAAGAGUUAGAAAAAUCAUUAAACUGGGAUGAUGAAGAAGUAAGCCCCGUCAAGGGUACUGACACGAAAAUGGAUAUGAACUCAGCAACUAAUUCAACCACACGAGGGAAUCAGGAUGUACCGCAACAGCAAACAGCUGUGGAUAAUUCUUCGGUAUCAAAAUCGAUCUGGAGUUUUGUCAAUGAUGUGAAAUCUGGGAUUCUGGGAAUUAACCUAGAGGAAAAUAAUGAAUCAGUCACUGGUGUAUUAAGAGACAGAUCCCGUGAGACAAGUGAUAAACCACCCUCAGAGCACCUUAAAAUGAAAGAAUUUAAGACUACACUAAAGCAAAAAAAGAGCAACAAGUUACAAUUCAUUGAAAGUGUUGAGGAAGAAGACGAAGAAGAUAGUAAUAAUAAUGCCAAGAAUGUUACAAGUCAGAACAGUUCAGUAGAAAUGGAAAUCCUUAGAUAA